AUGGCCACCAAGAGCAAGGUCGAUCCGGACAGGGUCGCCGUGGAGGACAUACGCGAGCUAGAAGAGGACGUACAGAACACUCUGCUGCACCAGACAUGGCCGUUCCCGAUCCAGGAUCCCGCCUGCAACACCACUGGCAUUGAGUGUGCGGUUCUGGUCUUGCGCCAAGUCUUGCGAACCAUGCCGACAGACAGUCACUGCCGAGCUGUGCUGUUUGGGGAAAAGGACCGAGCCAGACACGAGGUGGGAGAGGAAGAACUCGGCUGUUACCGAGCCCUGUUCCGAUAUGUAUGGCACCAUCUCCCCGACCUCGAACACGAGUCCGUGUCCAAGAGCCCGGUGCUGCGAUACGAGGUGAUGGACCGGCAGCGGGACCUUUUGAGGGAUCUUGACCUGGAGCCCGGCAGUGACCAGUCCCAUUUCUCAUUUGAGGCUUUGAUGGAGUCUGAGCUCAUGCUGGCCUCGUUUUGGGGGAGCGCUGAGCUUCAGGUGGUCCGGAACGUGGUCGGCUGGCAGGAGGCGGGGCAGAGCGCAUGGAAUACGAGAGAGCGGGCUGUUCAGCACCAGCCCAUCGACUGGGACGGGAACCAAGAGCCAAGCCUCGAGAAGAGGAUCAACAAGAUGUUUGGCUUGAGGGAGGUCAAUGGUGGCAGCACUUGUAUGAUGCUGCCAAAUUGGCCCAGGUCUAUGCGCGUCAAGAUGACAAACUCGGCCCCUGUCCUGUUGGCCAAGGUGAAGGAGCAGACACGCCUUCACCUCACGGGGUUCAAUGUUCGGCCCGGCAACGAGACCGGUGGCAGUUACACGAUAUCUGAGACCCACGUCAGAUACAGGUUGGCUGUUGCCGUGGUCAUGAGGUCUUUUGGGGACGGGGAUGAUUUCGUCUACACCUUCGACUCGGAAGGCGAGGACUUUUAUCCGCUCAGCAAGGAUAUUGCGCAUCUCCGUCAUGUGGGGCCGGUUCCUGAGGAAAUGCCGAUCAAGAUGGCAAUGCUUUACUAUCACCGGCUUGAUAAUCCGGAUGAAGCCAUCGAGAACCGGUCGAUAUCCGGCCAUGGCGAGUUUGGUCAGAGCCCGGGUGUCACGGAUGACCAAAGGUUCCGUGAACGACUCAAGGCGCUGGACCCAAGUGCCAACAGUGCCAGUGGUUUCACCCCUGUUUCCAAGGCGUCUGAGGCUAGACUUCCCAAGAACAUUGCCCCUGAUUUGAGUGAGGCGCGGAGGAAGUUCUUUGCUGGUUACGAGCACCUGCUCCAGUGAGAAGGGCCAGCACAACUCUAGGGGUGUGACGGGGCCAUAGGAGUGAGUUCUUUAAACAAAAUAAUUACAACAGAGUUGCGAGUCUUUCC